UGAUGGCAAAAUGCAAUUAUACGCUUUCUGUGAUAUUUAAUGAAAUUGUUUGUAAUUUUCGUGCGCGACUGUAAAAUUCCUUGAGAGUUAUCGAUUAAAAGAAUUCGUAUAUCUUCUAUUUGAAUUUCAUAACGGAAUUUUGCUGAGGUAGACACACAAGGACUUUUAUACUCAUUUUGUUAAAUCAGAACUGACAGCAUCAAAAUGCCUUUAAGCGUGGACAUAUCCACAGCGCUCCAUUUAUUGGAGCAUGUUCAAGAAAGAGUAGAGGACUGUGAUGAUCCUAAGUUACAGAUGCAUACAACCCAGGAUAUAAGAUCUUUAAUUUCUCUUUUGGAAGAUCCUGUGUUCCGCAGUAUAGUGACAAUUCAAGACUCGCUGAUCGAAUUGAAUACUCAAUUGGGACAGCAUCCAUCUAUUUUGCCUGGAGAUUUUGACAUCAAUAUCAGUGGACAGUUGGAGCUCUCAGUUCCCAGCACACCUGUGCAACCAUUGGGACCAAAUAUGUACCAGGAUUUAUAUCAAGAUAGCAGCGAAUUGGAGGACCAAAGAGUGCCAGUUGCUCCAUGUGUGCAUAGCAGCAGCGAAGAUACAAGUGCGCAAGUUACAAGUCCAAGUCUUGCAUCAGAAGUUAUUGGAAUGCCUCCAAUCACAACAACAACGUAUGCUAAAGAAUUUAAGAAAGUGAUUGAAGCUGCAGCAAGAGGUCGACAGAUAUUUACUGUGCAGCUGUAUAAACCAGAGGGCACCAGCCUGGGGUUCAGUGUUGUUGGUCUUCGUAGUAAGGACAAAGGAGAGCUUGGCAUAUUUCUACAGGAGAUACAACCCAAUGGCAUAGCAGGCUGUGAUGGUCGAUUGGUAGAAGGAGAUCAGAUAUUGGCGAUAGAUGGACAACCACUAGACUCUAACAUCUCUCAUGAGCAGGCAAUCUCGAUUCUUCAGAAGGCACGUGGUCUGGUUGAGUUGGUCGUAGCAAGAAGCGCCCAAGACAUUGGGAGUUCCUUGCCGACGGAUGAAUUGUCCGGAGGUUCGAGUUCGACAACGGCCGCGGGAGCAGGUGUGUCCAUCAUCGGCGGCGUUGUCGGUGCGGCGUCCAACCAGGCCAGCUCCGACAAGGAUCAAUCGGUGUCAGUAUCGUCCGUCGUUACACCAGCGCCGACCCCGAAGUCUAGCCAACCAGCCAGCACCACCUCGGCGGCAACACCGACAUCGACACCCACACCGACACCCACGCCGACUCCAACACCGCUACCCGGAGGCCUCGUUGUCGAAAGGAGCCCUUCCGCCGUCAGCGACGCCUCCAAGAGUGGCUCUGACAUGGUGCUGAACACGGAAUGGGCACAAGUUGAAGUUAUAAUUCUCAUCAACGAUGGCAGCGGUCUUGGAUUCGGAAUUGUCGGUGGACGCAGCACCGGCGUUGUCGUCAAGACAAUCCUCCCCGGAGGCGUUGCAGAUCGAGAUAAUCGGCUGCAGAGCGGGGACCAUAUAUUGCAAAUCGGCGAUGUCAAUCUGCGCGGAAUGGGAAGUGAACAGGUUGCCGCGGUUCUGCGACAAUCCGGCACACACGUGCGCCUUGUUGUCGCGCGACCUGUGGAACCAACUUCCCCCGAUUACCAGGCACUCGGUAGCCACGCUCCGAUCGUACCGACGAAGAUUCUGGGCGACCCGGAUGAGCUGGAUCGCCACCUGGUGCACAGCGUUCCGGAGACGUAUAACAUACGUCACGUGCAGAGCGAUACAGCUUACGACAACGGCUACAUGUACUCUCAGGAAUCCGACGUCGAGAUGCACGCAAGACCUGGUCUCAUCAUGGACGUAGUACGCAAUCCAAUGCCAAUUGGAGCCAUGCCAGUGAUAUCGGCGGUUCCAGUGCAGAUCCCGGAGCUACCUGUUCUCACCAUGGACACCAUCGACGUUAAUUCACUGCCAGAAAUGGAACGUUUCACUGUCGAGCUUAAGAAAGACAUUUACGGCCUCGGGAUCACUAUUGCCGGAUACGUUUGCGAGAAGGAGGAGCUGUCCGGUAUUUUCGUGAAAAGCAUCAGCGAGGGUAGUGCGGCGGACUUGAGCAACAAGAUCCAAAUCAACGAUAGAAUAGUCGAGGUGGAUGGCCAUUCUUUACAGGGUUACUCGAAUCACGAAGCUGUGGAAGUUUUAAGGCGCACCGGGCAAACGGUAGUUUUGUGCCUGGAACGAUAUUUACGUGGACCAAAGUACGAGCAGCUUCAGCAGGCGAUCGCGGCCAGCGAACUUAGACUACCUCAGCCGAGUUCGCCAUCGAUAACAAGUCUACCAAGCUUCCCCAUCAGUGCUGAUGGAGAAACCACUACCGAAAUAGAACCGGAAGGCGAGUCGCAUACGACCGUGGACAGCGCAAUCCUCCAAGAAGGUGAACGGGAAAGAGCCUCGGAAGAACUGGACGACGCGGCGAACGUGGAGGCUUUGUUGAGCGAUCCAUCCAGCGAGCUCACGCCACAGAUUCGAGCCGCCAUUAAGUCCAAGUGGCAGAAGAUCGUGGGUCCAGACACGGAAAUUGUGGUGGCGCAGCUGAAGAAGUUUGCAGAGGGUAGCGGUCUUGGGAUUAGUUUGGAAGGGACGGUCGACGUGGAGAACGGUCAGGAGGUGAGACCUCACCAUUACAUACGGUCGAUACUUCCGGAAGGACCCGUGGGACAAAAUGGAACGCUGCGUUCCGGGGACGAAUUGCUGGAGGUGAACGGAUAUCGGUUGCUCGGCAUUAAUCAUAUGGAAGUAGUUAGCGUGUUAAAAGAAUUACCCAUACACGUUCGAAUGGUUUGCGGAAGGAACAUCGCGUCGCAAGAUCCUCUUUGUCCGAUCAACACUGCUCAACAUCAGGCAGCGUUCCAGACCAGAAGCAUCCUCGGCGGAUCUCUGCAGAAUUUGUUGCCAACGAUGGAUCGUCUGGUUAAGGCCAAGUCCGAUGGUUCGUUGGCCUCGACGACGACCACGGCCACCAUGACUGACGCCAGCUUGAACAGAAUAAAGUCGCGUUCCCUGGAACCGCUGACUGGCCUGGCAAUGUGGAGCUCCGAGCCGCAAAUCAUCGAAUUGGUAAAGGGAGAGCGGGGCCUUGGGUUCUCCAUUUUGGAUUAUCAGGAUCCAAUGAACCCCAACGAGACUGUGAUAGUAAUAAGAUCGCUCGUGCCUGGAGGCGUAGCUCAGGUAGACGGGCAACUGAUACCCGGUGAUCGUCUUUUGUUCGUCAACGAUAUCGCCUUGGAGAACGCGACGCUGGACCAAGCGGUGCAAGCACUGAAGGGGGCCCCGAAGGGCACCGUUCGCAUCGGCGUGGCCAAGCCGUUGCCAAUUCCAGACAGUAUUGUCCAGAGGGUGCCGCCGAUUUGUCCCGUGAGACGCAGCAAAAGCUUCCCCAACGAAAGCGAAACGACAGAUCAUGCAGCCGAGCUCGAGGAUUUCCUCUCCUCAAGAUCAGGAGUGACGGAGCUGUCGUUGGACAAGCCAGAGACGGACGAGGACGAUGACGAGCACUGGAAGGACGCGUCACCAUUGACGCCGACCUGCAGCCCCACGAAGCAUCCUCCUUCGAAGACCGCCGCGGAGGGCGAGAGGGACGUCGUGAUCCUGGCCAGCGAGGCGUCGCCAGAAACCAAGACGAUCGCAAAACACGGCCAGGACGCGGCGACAGGCGUGGAAAAAGUGGCGCCAAAGGUGAAGUUAAAGCGAGAACCGCUCGUCGAGGACGAACGAUCGAUACAAAAAGUGCCUGAAACGCAGAGGAGGAGAGGCUUGAGACGCAUGGACUCCGUGGAGAAGAUGCCCACGUCCAGGGACUCCCUGGACAAAGGCGCCAAGAGGAAGAUCGCCAAGGACAGCGAGGACUCCACGCGGCGGAUGGACUCUGUGGAGAGCGAGGAUUCGAGAAGAAAGGACGAAGAGACGAGCAGGUCGAGGGAAAAGGAGCACAGGAAGAGCAUCAAAGAGCAGGAGUGCAUCGAGAGAGUCACGGAGUUCCUGGCAAAGCACGGUGUCCUGGGCUACUCGGAACCAGAAAUUCAUCCUGGUGAUCCUUCGAGGGAAAGAAUCGCGCGUCCUUGUAGCUUGUACGAACUGGACCAAGCUCUGCCAGUUCAAGAGGACGAGAAGAAGUCCGAAGAUCCGAAGAUCGUCUCCAGGACGCCUUCCACGACGGAGUCUGAGAGACCAACGACGCUGGAACGACUUCCCGUGACCGUAGAGGAGCUGAAGGUGACGAGUCCAGAAACUGAAGUGUCUGGGACGAAACGAAGAAGCUCGAUGAGGAAGAGGACGUUCUCCAGGGAGUCGUCCAGAGAGUCCCUGCUGGACGAGGCCAAGAAGGAGGUCAGGAUACAGGAGAACGUAGAGGAGAUCUUCUUCGAGGUGCCCAGUGAGCAGGUUGGGACCCUGCCAGAAGUCCAGUUGGUCAAGGCUAGGAUCAUCACUGCUGAGGAGGCGGCUGCAAACAGGUUGGAGGAGCCUCCAGCGAGGAUAGAGGUCCACUCUCCGCCGGAAGUGUUCGUCGUUCCGGAUUCCGUGAGAGUCAGAACCGGAAGGGUACCUUCCCCGGAGACUAUAGACAAGUCUCAGCUGCAGUUGGCGAGCUUGGCCAAGUCCACCUCGGAGAAUACUCUGGUGGACCCGUUGUUGGAGGAGGAGAACAAGGUGUCACAGAGGAACCUCAAGGCUGAGAUCUUGCUGGAUCUGUCGAAAGUCGAUGUUGGCGAUGGGGUUGCGAAGACUGACAGGGAGAGGAAGGAGAGGAAACUCAGCAGAACAGGCAGCGAGGGAUCGAAGAGGGCUGCGAUGAGGGUUCAGGCCAAGACGAAGGAACGCGAGGGAUUCAGAUUCGGUAGUCUGGCGCAACCUGACGAACCUGAGCUGACCAUUCUCCUGGAAACUGCCCUAAUCGAGAGGAAGAGGAGCCUAGAAGACCUUAGAGAAGCCUCGCUCGAGGAUGCUAAAAUAUCCGAGGAUCAGCCUAGCCCGCGGCAAACGCAGACGAAAACCGAGCUACCUUCGAGGUCCCCCGAAACAGAGACAUCCCAGGACCAGGGGAGGUUAGAACCACACGAGGGCAGUGAAACAGAGAAGAGACCGGAGAACGAGGACUAUGACAGGCUCCUCUGGCAGCAGAAGCGUCCGCUGCCGGAGGAAACGGUCUCCAGGACCGACGAGGACAGCCUAAUCAGCAAGGAACACGCGCUAGAGUAUCAGAGUCAGACGCUAGAGAGCCAGUCGGAUCAUCUGUUGCACGGAGCGAUCUCGUCGUCCUUGGAGGAUCUGUUGAGGUCUGUGCCGGACUGUUGGCCGGACGAGAUCCAAGACAAAGGCUCGGCGGAGGUCGAGCGCAGCUUCAAGGAGACCCAGUACUCGCCCAAAGAGAAGUGCGACGCGGAGACACAGACCCACCAGGAAACCAAGAGCACUCAGUGCAGCCCGGAGCAGAGCUCCGUGGUCAGUCCUUCCGAAGUUUCUAAGGAUAGUCCUCUGCACGUUGCUCGAAGGUAUUACCAGAGUCCUAGGAGAGAAGUACAGACCCAGACCCAAGGCGAGAGCAAGAGUGUCCAGUGCUGCUUGGACGACCUAGGUAGUCUUGGAUACACGAAGAACGCGGACACCGAGGACUUCGACAGCCCAUCCAGGUCGGAGAGGAUCCAGGCGAAGGAGUCGAAGAGCAUCCAGUGCAUCCCCGAGGACAUAUCCACCAGUCCUGGCAAGUCCAUCAGCAGCUCAGCCUGUUCACCGACCCGCGGCAAGCUUUUUCGCAGCCCUCGAAGGGAGGUCGAGGUUCAGACCUACCAGGAGUCCAAAGCGAUCCAGUGCAGCGACGAUGAGCUGCUAGAGGCGGAGGUAGACGUUUGUCAGCCACGGUUGCAGAGCAGACCCGUCAGCUCUGUGUCCCAGAAGACCGAGAGCUCGGCGUCCUCCAGCUGCGGCUCACCCUGCAGGAUCCCGGCGGUCGUAUUCGCGGACGAACCGGUCGACAUGACGGUCACACACCGAGAACACGACGGGAACGUCAACUGGUCCAAACAUUGGGGCCCGGAAAGGCUGGUGGAGAUCUACAGGGAACCGAAAACCAGCUUGGGACUGAGCAUCGUAGGAGGAAAGGUCGAUCUGCACAAUGGCAGUUCUAGUAAGUCUCAGAACAUAUCCGGGAUAUUCAUAAAGAACGUUCUGCCGAACAGUCCCGCCGGAAGAACCGGUGAAUUGAAGGUCGGAGACCGGAUAAUCGAGGUCGAUGGCGUGGACCUGCGACACGGCACGCACGAGCGGGCAGUUGAGGUCAUACAAGCCGCCGGAAAUCCUGUCUGUCUUCUCGUCCAGUCUCUGGUGCACCUGAACGAGAACGAGGAACAAGGCGACGACGGGGGCAGACCAGGAAGGAGGCAGAGCACCAGGAACCGUCUGCCUGCCUCCAGUGCAGCUCCAGGGACACCUACGGCAUCCUUUCGUCAAAAAGCGUCGCCCGUCUCGCCAGCCAGGUCCAUCACGCCGGAAGUGACACAGGGAGGACUCGAGGACGAAGAAAAGCAGAGUAGCUCGAGGUCGGAUUUCAGAAGACAAAGUACAAGAUCUUCAGAUGGCGCGGGAACCAGUGCGAGAAGAUCCUCCAUGAAGAAGUCGAUUCGAAAGAAGGCGCCGUCACCGCCUUCCAAUCCGGGAAUAUUGCGAGAAGUGAGCGAAGAGAAGGAAGAUCAUGCCUCGAAAGCGGAAGACAAGACACCGAGACGGAAGUAUUCUUCGGACGAGAGCUCGGAGGAGGAGGACACCAGAGAUCUCGAGGGAAACGUUUAUACCAAAACUGGCAUGGAGAUUUCGAGGAAAAGCGCCGGGAACGUGAAGCGUUCGAAGCAGGAGAUCGAAGCGGAUCCGGAACAGGAAGACGAAUUCGGGUACACGAGCAUGAAAGUUCAAAAGAAGUAUCACUCGCUGGGACACAAAGUGCUAUUAGUCAAAGUGGAGAAAGACAGGUGUGGUUUGGGCAUUUCGCUCUCCGGGCACAAAGACAGAAAUCGGAUGGCAGUGUUCAUUUGUGGCCUUAAUCCGAAGGGUUCAGCGUUUAAAGGUGGCCAGCUAGCUGUUGGCGAUGAGAUACUUGAGGUAAACGGCUGUGUUCUGCAAGGAAGAUGUCAUCUAAACGCAUCAGCUCGCAUCAAAGGCAUGGCUGGUACAUAUUUCAAGGUUGUCGUCAUACGAAGGAGUGCAGGCAUUGAUCAACUUGCUGUCAAACCGAUCGUUCAAUUUCCUCCGACUUUGGACGACUCGGAAAUGUUCAGUCACUAUAAAGGAGUACGCAGCGUGCCCGUGAAAAAGGGUCAGUACGGACUAGGUAUAAUGAUCAUCGAAGGAAAACACGCUGAGGUCGGCCAAGGUAUAUUCAUCUCCGAUAUACAGGAAGGCAGCGCCGCGGAGCAGGCUGGCCUGAAUGUGGGAGACAUGAUUCUGGCUGUUAACAGGGACUGUUUGCUGGGUUCCACUUACGACGAGGCUACCAGUCUCUUGAAAAAAGCAGAGGGGGUCGUUACAUUGACAGUGUGCAAUCCGAAUCAGAGUAAAGUUGCAAAGGAAGAGGAGGACAGGGCAAAGGGCAUUAUUCCAGAACCUGAGAAAGAGAAACCGAAAGAACCUGAGAAACCGAAGGAACCUGAACCACCCCAAGAUCCAAAAGAUUGCAAGAUCGUGGCUGGAAGGGACACGACAAUAGAGUUCCAGAAGGAAAAAGACAAGGGCAUAGGAUUUACUAUAGCUGGUGGCUCCGACACGCCAUGCAAAGGAGUAUUCAUCAUCGAAGUGUUUCCUGACGGCGCAGCUGGCAAAGAUGGCCGACUGCAGGCUGGCGACCAAAUACUCGAUAUGUGUGCUAAUAGUUUCAAGGAGAUCGAGCACGAGAAGGCACACGCGACUGUUUUGAAAGUUGCAGGAACUAUCACGAUGGUGGUGCAUCGACACGAAAAAGCAGAAGAGGAAAUCGAAGUCGAGCUGCAGAAGAAAUCCGGCAAAGGAGCUGGCCUCUGUUUGACGGGAUACAAGGGUGGCAAAGGAGCAUACGUAUCGGAUUUGUUACCUGGCGGAAGCGCUUUGGAAAGUGGUAAAAUCUGCAAAGGUGAUCGAGUGGUAGCAGUCGGAGGCCAAGACGUUCGCGAAGCGCCUGUCGAGGAUAUCGCGGUCCACGUGAAAGUCUCUAACCCGGUGCAAUUGAAACUUGCUAGGUACAAGUCCGCUAAGCAAUGACAGGGUUCUGCAGGCGGAACUCUGAACACGAAUCUUUGGAUACGAAUUCCCUACAGACAACGCGGACUCUAGUGUUACAUAACUGACUAUACCAAAGUAAUUAUAAAUAUAAGUACCAUUUACUAUAAGGAUCAUAAUUCUAUAAAGAAAAAAAAAUACCGGAGAGCAAGUCGAUCGCGUCGACGAUCCAAACUACGUUCUUAUCCACGCGAUCGACAUUUUUCACGCCGCGAACACCGAGUAACUAGGAAACGCGACUUAACAAAACGAUAUACGAGCGUUUCGUUGCACGGGCAAGGUAACACACGAAGAACAAUACAAUUUUAUAGCCUGUUCGACGCGACACGUCGACGACAACCGCGUCGAAAAAAAACUUGUAAAGAUUCCGUCUGCCAAGAUGAACAUCCGGCAAGUAGUUGAUACGAGAGCCACGUUACACCGCAUACUAUUUAGCGACGACAGAGUAUUUAUGCAGUUAUAGAGAGUAAUAUUGUAUUUAAUAGUCCCGGGGACACCGGUGAACGGUUUACGCGCCGGGAACGAAGGAAAUGAAUCUCGAGAAAAGCAUCCGGAAGUCGAGGAACGUUUAAGGGACCUCCUCGCUUCGGAAAAAUGGGGGACUCGAGAAUUUUUUCCAAGGAAAAUACAAGUCUGAAUUUUCUCAAAUUUUACACGCGUUUUCGUCAGAUGCAUGGUGGGGUUUUAGAAUUUUUAUAGCCAGAAAGUCGAUGCACACAUCGUCACAGAAAAUAAUCUGGACCCACGAGACACCUAAAAAUUUCUUGUACAUUAUAAUUUCAAUUAGUUUUCUACUAAAAUUCUCGAGACAUCAAUCAUGGUAGAAAUAUGACACUGAGUUGUAAUUUAAAUUUGAAGGGUAAUAAUUUCGAUAGUUUUACAGAAACAUUUUAAGAGAGUGCAAAAAGAUCGAUUUGUUGAAGCGUCCGAAGUGAGAAGAUUCCUCGAGACGGUCGAUCAAUUAUGGACGACGACGUUGAUUGAUCGUGAGCUCGUUUCAGGGAACAGAGCAGCCACGAGACGGGUAGCCAUUUUUCUCGAGCCUCCUUUUCUUUCGAGGCCAGUUCACCGUGUCCUCGUAUAAAACAGAGAUCUUGCUUGUACGUUUCGUAUUACUUACGUUUAAGUUAGGCGUAUUAGAUAAUUAGGGGUCGCGCGAUCUGAAGCGCGCGUCUAACCAUCUGUGACUUUCGCGAUGAAAUUCUGACUCUCUUCGAGAUCCAGCACAUCCGGUCGGAGAGACUUUCGUAGAGGAAAGGAUGAGUCGAUGAGAAAAUGAUGUUUGAUUUCUACUAGCUCUCAAGGGACUCAACGCUCACCUUCAUCGGAUAGCAUAAUUAUCUCACUGUUUUACAUAGACACCAGUAUCUCCUUGUUGAUUGAAAGGUUUUAGGAAAAUCUAUCAAUCAAUAUUUUAGACAAAAUUCUGAAUAUUUUGCAUUCGCCAUCAGUAUUUCCUACACCUGUAGGCUGUUUUUAAUAAAAUCGGGAACCAUUCUCAUAUAGAGUUCAAACUCAGUGAUCAGACUUUGUAGAAAAAUAUCCAUUCCCCAUUUCCUAUCGCGUAAAUUAAUAAUUAAGAGCACCACCGCCAUGAAAAUGCAUUUUAUAGAAGAAAAGACUGUCUCUCGUGUUGCAAACAUCACACAGAAAUUUUUAUAGUCGUUUGAUCGUUGUUUGAGCGCUGGCGGGAAUCAGACUAUGGUCCAGCUCGGAGUUGGGCAAACUGUUCGGUUAAAAGUUUCGACCAACGAAUAAAAAAUAAACAAAAACUAGUCUACGAAUCGAUCCAAACGUUUGUAUUCGUUACACGCGAAUAGAGUUUGCCCCGCUCCUUUUUGGACGCAGAGCGGCUUGUUGAUUGCGUGCAGUUCAAUUUAUCCUAUUAUCCUAGUCCUUAGCGUAGAUUUUCAAAGAGAGGAGCGUGUGAGAACGAGAAAAGAAUAGUGUAAUGUCGCGAGAAGACUCGAAGACGCGUUUGUUCGACCGAGAAAUGGUUCCAGAGGACUGCUUUUUCGCUCGAAUUUAAUCGUGGCGAGAUGUCGUUGUCCCGAUGCAUGCACGAGUGGCACGCGUCCUCCGUUGAUAUCCUCGAGACGUUCGAAAUAAUUGUUACACGCACUCGUGCCUGAAUCGAAACGCCGUAGAACUUCGCUUGCCUCGCGAAGCACGCGAACGUUUAGUGGUAGAAUGCACACGGGAUGACUUGUUUCAAUUUACGAAUCACGUUCCCCGAAAAGCAGGUGGAAAAAAUCUUUAGGAAGCUGAGGGAGGUCGAAAUUAUACGUCACAAAAUAUCAAUAGCAAUUUGAAAGAUUUGGGCUGAGGAUAUUUCAAGGUCAUUUGUAUUAGGGGGUAGAAUAGGGUAAGAAAAGAAGUACAAAUAUUCUAAAUGUGGCAAACAUAUUGGUUCGAGUAUUAGUUAUAUAUUUUGGAAACGAACAACGAAGCUUAAUCUAUUUAAUAAAUAUGUUACACUCGUUUAGUCUCACAGGGGUAGGUACACAAUUCAGUUGCAAAUUUAAGUAAUGACUCGAUUUAAAAUACUGUUUAUUAUCAGUCAGUUGUCGCUCGUCCUACCAAGCUGACGUUUUUGAAAAUAACAAAAUAGUGCGAUAUAAAAGAAUGACCUUGAAAUGCCCUACUAGCCUUCACCGAUGAAUCAUCCUUUCUGGGAUCCUAUUACGUUGCUCGCCACCUUCAUAAAUAAAUCAACCGACUCCACGACUUUCCCCACACUUUGCACCCACGCAUCUUUACGUCCAAGUUCGAUGACCCCGAUCGACAAUUUGAGGUGUGCUCUUAACCUCAAAGUAGUCUUUCAUUAUCUUCGCUGCCCUCGUUCCUUUUGGUUCCCCUUAAAUACCCACGCAAUUUUGUUUCUUCAAACGACCUUGAAGUGUCCUUGACGCCUCCGUUUCUAGCAAACCUGCUUCACAAAAUCGUGAAACGGAUCGUGGAUCGAAACAGAUCGCCCCGUGGGAUCUAGCUACGAGCGAAUUGCACCGUAAGAGCUAGUCGUUCGUUGUUCGUUGCUUUUGAUUUCGAUAGACGACAUCGAAUUCGAGUCGAGCCCAUGCGAAGAAACGAGCCAACGAAACAUAGGAAGCUAGUCAGCGAACAAAAACCAAUGAGUAUUGAAGUCACGCGUAUUUAUAUAUACUAUAUACAUAUUUACAAGAACGCUUUGUUAUUAACACGCCGGAUCGAAAUCAAAGGUAAUACGCAAAAGAAAAAAAAAAGAAAAAAAAAUGGAUAAUUAUUGCACCCGCCUCCGUAAAGCAGUACGUUCUGUUUACAUGCACCGCGUGUUACGAAACGAUGAGUAGCAUCAUUGCGCAACGGGCACGUUUGAUUGUAAAAUGGCGCACGCGUGUACGAGGUGGGGGGAAGAGGGGGGGAGGGGGUACAGAAAGAAAUUUAUUCGUCGUUGAGUAGCGUUUUAGAGGGACUUAGAAGCGUUUUGCAAAUUAAUAGAGGAGUCUGCGUCGCUCCAAACACGCCUUCGAAAUUCGGGGAGCAAUACAAUCGAGCCACUUUUACAGUCAACGACUUAAAUUAUUCUUAUUAUGAGUAUUGUUAGCAUUUAUCAUUAUUAUUGCCAUCGUCAUUAUUAUUAUAAUUAUUGUUAUUACGGUCACUUGUCAUUGUAGCGCGGCACCGUCGAAGACACAGAAGAGAACAUUGAUUAUAGAGCGCAGACGAACAGAUCGAGAUCUAUUAAAAGCAUUCAUUGCAAAGUGGCAAUAUAACGCGAUCAUGUGUACUGAUACUCCCCUAGAAACCUAAUUUCAAGGUGGAAAAUGGUACCAAGAAAACGGUACACUCAAUUUGAUUGAGACUUUUAUCAUUUAUUUAGCAUGAGUUUGUGAUACGGAAAAUAUUUUUUUUGGGUGG